UUCCCGCGGCGGAUCGCACGCAGCGCGGUGACGUGCCGGGCAGCCAUGAGCGAGAAGGGGGAGUUGGAUUUGACCGGAGUGAAGCUCAAUACUGGCGUCUGGCUGGUGAAGGUACCUAAAUAUCUUUCACAGCAGUGGGCUAAAGCGACAGGAAGAGGUGAAGUUGGAAAGAUAAAGAUAGCCAAGAAUCAAGGAAAAACUGAGGUUUCUUUCACUUUAAGUGAAGAACUUGCAUGUAUCCAGAAUGCCAGUGGGAAAGGUGCACCAAUCAGUGCACCCAGAGAACACCCAUUCACGAUGCAGAGCGUUGGAGGACAGACGUUAUCAGUUUUUACGGAAGGACCAUCAGGACAGUCAGAAGACAAAUCUGAUGGCGGCAAUGAAAAACUAACCUUUGAAGGUGUUGUGGUUCAGCGUGCAGAAUGUAGACCAGCUGUCAAUGAAUCUUACAUGAGAUUAAAAAGACAACAAAUUGAGGAAUCAUCAAGGCCGUUGCGUCUCUCUCUGCAACUGGAAAAGGCUGUAACAACAAACUAUAAGCCUGUUGCAAACCAUCAGUACAAUAUUGAAUACGAGAGGAAAAAGAAGGAAGAUGGAAAGCGUGCCCGGGCUGACAGGCACCAAGUUCUGGACAUGUUGUUUUCAGCAUUUGAGAAGCAUCAGUACUACAACAUUAAAGACUUGGUGGAUAUCACAAAGCAGCCAGUGACCUACCUAAAGGAAAUUUUGAGAGAUAUUGGUAUUUACAAUGUAAAAGGAACACACAAAAACACAUGGGAACUAAAACCAGAGUAUCGCCAUUACCAGAAUGAAGACAAAAGUGAAUAGAGGGUACUUUGGCUAAGAAAUAUAACUCCAGCAAAUGAGAUGCAGUUUUAGCUUCAGUCAUUAGAGCUGAACUGUAGAGAUUUAUUUACUUUUGCAAAGGACUUUUUUUUUUAAAGCUGAAGGCAUCAAUAUGUUCUUAUUUGAAUUGAGAAAGCUUUGUAUCUUUGUGGGGCUACAUUUGUAAAGUCAAUAAAGUACUGUGUUGAAGAUG